AAGGGACUAUUCUUCUGUUAGCAUCGGCCGUUCCUAACCUGAGGAUUGUGUUCUUCUUGCUCUGAGCGAAACCCUAGAUUCGGCCAUUACCCAUUGAGCAGAGAUGCUGCGAGUUGCAGGGAGGAGGCUUUUAUCUGUUUCGCAGAGAUCUUCGACUGCGACCUCCUUCGUCGUCUCCCGUGACCACACCCUUUCCGAUGGAGGCGACUCCGCGUCAGCGCCCAGAUCCGUCUCUUCUGCAGAUCUCUCAUCUUUCAGUUCUUACCAACGGAGCCUUAUAAGAGGUUUCUCUUCCCAAGUCCUUGCUCAAGGAAAUGAGAUAGGGUUUGGUUCGGAAGUCCCAGCCACCGUGGAAGCUGUCAAAACACCUAACUCAAAGAUUGUGUAUGAUGACCAUAACCAUGAGCGUUACCCACCUGGUGAUCCUAGCAAGCGUGCAUUCGCCUAUUUUGUCUUGUCGGGUGGGAGGUUUGUUUAUGCCUCUGUUAUCCGCCUUCUUGUUCUGAAGCUUGUUGUGAGCAUGUCUGCAAGUAAAGAUGUCCUGGCCCUUGCAUCCCUCGAGGUUGACCUUGGUAGCAUCGAGCCAGGAACUACAGUUACAGUUAAGUGGCGUGGAAAGCCCGUCUUCAUCAGGCGAAGAACAGAAGAUGACAUCAAGCUGGCCAAUAGCGUGGAUAUUGGAUCCCUAAGGGACCCGCAAGAAGACUCUGUUAGGGUCAAGAACCCAGAAUGGUUAGUCGUGGUUGGAGUUUGCACUCAUUUAGGGUGCAUCCCCUUGCCUAAUGCUGGUGAUUAUGGAGGUUGGUUUUGUCCGUGUCAUGGUUCGCAUUACGAUAUCUCUGGAAGAAUUCGGAAAGGUCCUGCACCAUACAACUUGGAAGUACCAACCUAUAGCUUCCUGGAAGAGAAUAAGUUACUCAUUGGUUGAUUAAAUAAAUCACGUCAGUCAGUGUCUGAGUCUCAAUGAACUUCAUCUGUUUUUUUUUUUGGUUUUUAUAUUCCGGAAUCCGGCAUUUUGAGGGCAAGACUUGUCUUGUUUUUCCUGAAUAAUACAAACAUGUGAUAUUUGUUGAACGUAUACCCAAGCUUUGAUUAUCUAUUGCUCCUGAAAGACUAUGUUCGUAGUCUGUGUUUAUUGUCCGAUGUAUGAUAGAGACUCCUUUGGUA